CUCACUUGAGCCAUGAGGUUCUCUAUGAUCUUGCUCUCCUUUAUUGUCAUGAUGCUCUGCAUGACAGCAUGCUCAAAUGCAGAGAGACUAAAUGAUUGUGGAAUAGCUCCUCUGAACACACGUAUUGUGGGAGGCACCAUUGCCCUACCAGGCAGCUGGCCCUGGCAGGUCACUAUACAUUUCAAUGGCAGACCAACCUGUGGCGGAACUCUGAUCCACAACCAAUGGGUGAUGACCGCUGCCCACUGCAUUGUUACUACUGACAUCAACAAAUGGACUUUGUACUUAGGAAGAGAAACCCAGAUGACAUCUAAUGCCAACCCAAAUGCUAAUGAAGUAAGUGUUGGUGUUCAAUCCAUCACGAUCCAUCCAAAUUACAACAGCACGCUGUUCAAUAAUGACAUCAGCCUGAUGAAACUCAAUCAACCUGUGACUUCUACUAACUAUAUCCGACCAAUCUGUCUGGCAUCCAAUGCAAGUGUCUUUCACAAUGCUACCUCUUGCUGGGCAACAGGUUGGGGAAGAAUUGGAAAAGAUGAGGCAUUGCCAGCUCCCCAAACUCUUCAAGAGGUAAAAGUACCAGUCAUGGGCAACAGACAGUGUACCUGCCAUUACAAGCCAACAGAGGGUGAUAUAAUCACAACACAGAUGAUCUGUGCAGGAGAAGCAGGCAAAGGAGCCUGUCUGGGAGAUUCCGGUGGUCCAUUGCAAUGUAAACAGGGUUCUGUAUGGGUACAAGCUGGGAUUUUGAGUUUCGGGCUCCCCUGUGCCACAGCAGGUUUCCCUGAAGUCUAUUCACGUGUUUCUGAGUUCCACACUUGGGUCAGUGAAAAUGUUAGGGGAGCUGAAAUUGGCUUUGUCACCUAUUUGUCCAGCGGCACAGACACAGACACCAACUUUAAAUGCAAUGCAACCAUUUCAAAUGUGGGCACAUUGAAGUUUUCACACUUCUACCAUUUUAUCAUUAUUUUUACCACACUUUGCUUGCACUUCCUCACCUACUCAUACACAUAUUAAACUGACUCAUGCACACUUGCAACACUGAACUCACUAUUAUAAUUUAAAAAGUGAUUCAUUAUAGAUAAGAGUGGACUAAACCAUUUCUGAGUGACAUUGUUGAAAAUGUAGAGAAAUAAAAAGUUUUAAUUUUAGUGCUCAUGGAACGUCCAAGAGGUCAGGGUCUGGCUGAUUAGCAGUUAGCCUGCUGGUAGAUGCUUCAAAUACACCAGGAUGGCCAGAAAAUAUCUUGCUUCUUUGACAAUUAUUUAAAAAUAGUGAUAUAAAUCAAUUUUACCACCAGUGAUCAUUUGAUUGCAUAGACAGUCCGUCAUACAACAUUCACAGCUAUGCUUUACCUUGUUUGUAUCUAUGUAAACACAUCUUUUGUUAUAUUUUUUUUGUCUUGCUUUUUUGUAUUGUUUACUCUACUCACAUCAAGCUGUGACUUCAGAAUUUAACGAUUCUUAAGCUCUCCAUUUAAUCUUAUCUUCCCCAUUUGCUUAAAGAACUUUUUUUGGGGGGACUGCUAUUUGGGUUCUAAUUGAAACCCCUACACAAUAUUACUGAUAUUUACAUCAUCAUUAUCAACAAAAGCCAAACUUAACUUAUUAACUUUUGUAAUCCAUUUGUGUAUAUUAAUUGUUGUAUGCUUCUUUUUU